GGUCGAAUGCCAUUGCCAAUUGAUGGCUGUGAGUCGGUCAUUAACUAAACCCAUCACCUGUUUUUCAUGUUUUUUCUAAACUGCGCUCCAUUGAUUUCUUGAGCAAGCCCAUCAACUAUUUUCUUUCAGCUCAAUUUUGUCUCGAGUCUCGAUUGUUUCGUGCCAUGGCACCAGCCACUCACAUAUCGGGAAUGGAGUUCGAAGUGUUCCUGAGUUUCAGAGGGCCGGAUACUCGGCGCAACUUCACUAGUUGCCUCUACCGUGAAAUGGUGGAGAAAGGAAUCCGCGUCUUCAAAGACGACAAAGAGCUCCGAGUCGGGGAGAAGAUUAGUGGAAACCUUUUGCAAGCCCUUGACGACACUCGAAUCUAUAUCCCCAUCUUCUCUAAAGGCUUCGCUUCCAGUCCGUGGUGUCUCCGUGAGGUUGCGCAUAUGGUAGAUUGCAUUUCAAAGUCGGAUGGGAAGAAGGAGAUCCUCCCCGUUUUCUUCGAUGUGGAGCCGAAUGAUGUCAAGCUCAAAACCGAAUUGUACAAAAAUGCACUGUCUGAGCAUGAGGGGAAGUAUGGCCCUGAAGAGGUGAAGCGCUGGGCAGAUGCUCUUGUUGAGGUUCCUACUACGGUUGGCUGGACGCUGGGAGAGAAAGAGUUUGGAGAACUUAUAGGAUCGAUUGUUCGAGAUGUUCAACUUAAGUUGAAGAUGAAGAUCAGAUGUCUUCCUGACCAUCUAGUUAAAGUGGACGACGAAAAAGUUAUAGAGGAAUUGUUGGAUGUUAACCCUGAUGACGUAUUCGACCAAAAAAAAAAAAGAAGAAAAAACCCUGAUGGCGUACGAUUCAUAAUAAUCCAUGGGAUUGGUGGUAUUGGUAAAUCAACUCUAGCUAAGGUUAUCUUCAACAAAUUCUUGUCUAAAUUCAGUUACUCUAGUUUCCUUGAAGAUGUCCAAGGUCAUCGUCUUUUAGACAUGCAAAAGAAACUGUUAUCUGACACACUAGGCGAGAGCUCUGCUUACGGAAUCCAUGACACUAACGACGGGAUCAAUCGCAUAAGAAACGGACUUAGCAAGAAAAAGGUUAUGGUUGUUGUCGAUAAUGUGAAUGACAAGGAGCAACUCAAGAACCUCGCAGGGAGCUACAAAUGGUUCGGUUUCGGAAGCAGGAUCAUCAUUACAGUCAGGGACAAAAGGACAAUACCAUAUAGGACGAUGCCAGAUGAGGACAACCAAACGGGAUCUAGCUAUUACAGGUACCACCAAGUAGAGGAGAUGCCUCUGGAUCGAGCGAUUAUGCUUUUCAGCAAGCAUGCCUUCAGAAGUGAUACUCCUCCAAAAGAUUGGCACAAUUUCUCGGUAGAAGUCGUUUCAAGCAUAGGAAGGCUUCCUUUGACUCUUGAAGUCAUGGGUUCUCUUUUCGCCAACACAGACAGAUCGGAGUGGCACGAGACAUUUAAGGACUUAGAGCAAGUCCCGUGUGAGGAAGUCCGAAAGACACUAAUGAUAAGUCUCAACAAAUUGGAUCUCCGAAAAAGAGAAAUAUUCCUAGACAUAGCAUGCUUUUGCAUUGGGGAGGAUACGACGCAUGCGUAUUACAUGUGGGAUGAUUGUGGAUAUUCUCCACGUAGAGCAAUUGAUGAUCUGCUCCUCAUGUCAUUGAUAAAAAUUGAUGAGUACAAUAAGUUCUGGAUGCAUGACGAAAUUCGAGAUCUAGGAAGGUAUAUUGUCAAGGAAGAGAAUUUGGGAGAUGCUAGAAAGCGCCGUUGGGUGUGGAUUGACGAGAACACUUUAGACGUAUUGACGAGCAAUGAGGAAAACCCAGCUGUACGAGCACUCAGUCUGGGUAUUAGUCACGACUUUACACCUAAAGAAUUAGCUCGUUUUCCAAACCUGAGGUUCCUUGGAGGGGAAAGAAUGAAUUUCGUGGGCAACUUCAAAAAUCUUCUUCCCAAUCUAAGAUGGCUUUCUUGGCGUUAUUGCCCAGAGAAUAUUAGAGCGAGAAAUCUUCAACCGGUGAAUUUGGUCGUGCUCAACCUUUCGCGAAGCAAAAUCACCCACAAAUGGGGUGGAUGGAGGCAAAUCCAGAUGGUGAAAAAGUUAAAAGUUCUAGAUUUGUCGUGGUGCCCAUGGUUAACCGCGACACCUGAUUUUUCCGAGUUUGGCAAGUUGGAGAAAUUGAUUCUCACUAGGUGUACGAAAUUGUCUACAAUUGAUAGCUCAAUUGGAAAGCUAAAACAGCUAAGUGCUUUGAAUUUCGAGGGAUGUAGCUCCCUUCAAGGGUUGCCCAAAGAAAUCGGUUCCCUUGAAUGCUUGUCAGAGAUUUUCCUUUGCUCAACAAGGAAACAUUUUAAAUUUCCUGAGACACUAGGCAAUCUAAAAUCUUUGACCAAGUUUGAAAUUUUUCAUUGUCGGGGUAUCAACCAACUUCCUCAAUCUAUUAGAAAGUUAACGAAUCUCACGCAUUUGAUUUUGCGUGAAUGCGAAACUUUGCGUGAGCUUCCGGACUCUCUUGGGGAACUAGAAUCAUUGGUCGAGUUGGGUAUACGAAGGUCAUUUAUCUCCACUCUCCCUGAUUCCAUUGGAAAUCUGAAGAGGCUAAAAGUCAUUAGGAUGGCACGUUCAAGAAUACAGGCGAUACCUUAUGCUCUUGGACAAGUGGUGACGCUCAAAGUGCUCGAUGCCUCGUGUUGUUGGCAUAUCAAGGAUGAAAUCCCAUGGGAAAAGUGGAGCCUGACUCAUCUGAGGACCUUGGACUUAUAUAUGACCACAAUCUCUACAUUGCCGUAAAAAAUCAGUGGUUUCUCUAGUCUCCAAACGCUUAAAUUUAAAAUUGCAAGGAGCUGGCUUUGCCCAUUGCUAGAGCUUCCCUCGAGUUUGAAAUUCCUUGAGGUGGUGGCCGUUGAUAAAUUCAAUGUUCUUCCUGACCUCUCGAGCCUAAUCCACUUGGAUCAUCUCGACUUGUGUGGACCAUUGACUGCACCUUGCAGCGAGAACGAGAAUGAGGUCAUGCUGUCCAUCCAUAGGCUUCCGCGUAGCUUAUCAACCUUGAAACUUCUCUAUAUCCCGCAAUUGCCAGAUUUUUCCGACCUCAGAAGCUUGUCGGUUCUCACUAUCAGCGGAUGUCCGAUGCCACACUUCCCCGUCCUUAAAUCCUUGGAGAGGUUAAGGAAAUUGGACAUAAUUCUGUGCAAAUUCCUAGAGAAGACACCCGAUCUUUUGGGCUUGAAGAGGCUAGAAGAGUUACAGCUCAGCCACUUAGACAAACUAACUGAGAUUCCAGGUUUGGGUGAACUGGAAUCACUGAAGUUUUUACACAUUCGGUACUGUUGGGGGAUCGAACAAUUGCCUAACCUCUCGAAGUUGAAGGAUCUACGGAAUCUCAAGAUAAUUGGUAGCUCUAAGAUUAGAGCCUUGGAAGGCUUGGAAGAAUUGAUUUCUUUGAAGAAUGCGGAGGUCUUGCAAUGCAAGUCCCUAGAAAGGUUGCCCGAUUUGUCGGCAUUCACCGAGUUGAAGACAGAUUGGAAGCCGCCAGAAUUUGCAGAAUACACCGUUCAGUCUAAUAUGCCUGAACUCUCCGCCACCUUUCGUAGGGGUGUCCAAAAGCCCCGCCC